AUUCUAGGUGGGUUUGACUUGUCUUCCUUGAGACUGAGGAUAAUAUAAACUGUGUAAGCUUGUCUUAAUAAGAGAUACUUGUAUAUUCAUUGACGUUUAGAAAUGCAUUGUUAUUAUUUCUUAUAUUAACUCAAAACUUGCAUCCUUUUACAUUUUAACCAUACAUUUUGUAAAUGAAUAAUGACCAAGACUACUAACUACUGAUCUAAUACUAAAAAAACUAUAGUUAUAGAUAGACUAUAUUUUAUUAAAAUUAAAAUACAACGUCUUAUUCUUUGUAAAUCUUAGUUAACUAAGCCCUAACUUAUAACUUAAACAUAGGGCUUAAACUAGUCUAAUAAGAGCUUAGUUGACUUUUUCGUAGAUUUAGAACUUCUAGCUUGUCUUUGAAUGUUUCUUCAUCAUGAGAUCGGAAAUAAUCGGAAAUUAUAUCCAAGUCUAAAACUGAAUUAUUUGGAUUGUUUGUAAAGUAAUUGUAAUAGUAAUAGUAAUAAACUACCUAGAGUAGCCAAAGUCCAAACAAAAUUUAAAGUUUAUUAUGUAGGCAUAUGUUAAUGUUACAUGUAGGCUACACUUCACUCACUUCUGUUCGGCAGUUACUACUACAAAAAGCUUAAUAAUGUUCAUGUUCUCAUUGUGUGUGUCAGUCCCAAUCAUUAUUCAUUUAAUCAUAAUCAUGUCCUUUUUUUUUCCUGCACACCCCUGAAACCAUUUCCUUCUUUAAAUUUAUGCUUUAAAACUAAGUGUUGUUGAUCUCAAAAAGGCCUGUUAAAAAUACCUUCUGGCAUUAGGGGCUAUUAGCAAUUGAUUUUUAUAAACUAACCCUAGGUCUUUAAGAAUUUCAAACAAGUUUGACAUGUUUAUAGAUUUCUUAUGCCUAUUCUAUUAAUACUAAUUCUUCCAAAUUCUUGAUACUGGAAAUCACUUGAAUUGAUGACAACUUCCAUCAUAACAGUGGCUGGCUAUAGCCUACUCAUACCUGUGGAAAGCUGUACAACAGCAUGAAACACUCUAUAUUACCAGUAAUAAAUAAAAUGAAAAGAAAAAAAAAAGGAUAAUACAUAAUUUUAAAAAUUUAAUUAUCUUAUUGUUAAUUGCAAUCCAAUGUUGCUUUCUAAAUUAAUUAUGGAUGAGUUUGAAAAUCCAAACAAGAGGUGUUGCGAUAGGAGUGUGAGACGUUCAUGAGAAAUAAGCAGGAUACAAUCGUAAUUCAGUUAGUAGUUAGGGAGGAAUUGUGAGAGACAGUAGGCUCAGUAGGAACAAUUCUUAACAGUUUUCUUUUUAAUAAACAAUUAAAGAAUGUAUGGCCAAAUGAAUUCUGGAUGACAUCCAUUUCUUCUGAUGAAUUUCCACAUAUGGAAAUGUAAGAAAACAAGUCCAAAAAAUGUCAUGUUUCUGACUGGUUAAAAUUUAGAAAAUCUAAUUAGCCCACUGCGUUAAAAAAGUUUGACUGCACUGGCCUAAAUUUUAAAAAAUAUGUGACUUUUUGAAGCCACUGGCAACUUUUUUGUUUUGUGCCCUCUGCAUUCAAAGUUAGUAGUUAAAUGUUUUCCCAGAUCUUAACUUUUGGCUCCUUAUAUAUUCAAGGCCCGUGCCACAGCUGCCAUUACAAAUAUAAAAAUGUCUCAUUUUAAAAUAAGGCCUUGAACUUAGGCUCCCCCCAACCCCAUACAGAUGCUUCACUUUAGAUAGAUGACAUUUAAAAAAAAUUGUAAUAAUGGAUCAAAUAAUAGAUUUACUAUACAAGGUAUCUAUAUUUAAAAAAUUGUGACUUUCAUUGAUUAGAUUACAUUUUGAUUCUUAAUAUGUUGAGCUUUAACCUCUUAUUAUUCAAAAACUUAAAUUUCUCUCUCAUUUUCUUUUUUCCAUUUGUUAACUUAUAUAAGAAAAAGAUCAAAUCAUGGCCUGUCCUGUCUGAAAAAUAUUUAGGUCAAGGAUUACUACAUCUUUAAAUAUUUUUUUUUAGACUUAUCACUACAGAAUUUCAAUAGCAUCUUGAGGGUGAUAAAAGUUUCCCUUACUUAAAGUGGCAAGAUAAAUUACUGUAUAACAUGAAACAUAAAAAAUUAGAGCUACUUAAAGCCCACGCAUUGUUUAAAAAGACCUUAUUUACCUUUACUUGUCUUUGUAAAUGUCUGGUCUAUCAAUGGUAGUUACCACAAUUCAGACAAAAAGUUUUUACAAUUGUGAAAAUUAAGGGACUUUCCGAAAAAGCUGAAAAAAUAAUACAACUUUGGUUAAUUCCUGAAUAACCUUUUCUGAAAUAAAUGUCCAGUAAUCUUUUUCAAAUCAACUUCAACUAUCAAAUCAAAGUUCUACUACCUGUAUAACAAAAGUCAAUGAAUGAUUAUUCCUGUAGAAGUGCAAAUCUACCCAAAACUUAUGUUUGCUCAGGUAGAAAGAUGUUAAAUGGCUUCUAUUGCUUUGUAAAUGUUUUACUUCCGUAAUCCAGAUUUGGUUUUGUUCCACAUGCUUGUAAAUUAUUUUUUUGAAAUUUAAAUUUGUGCAGUCUUUUUAAAGAAUGGUGUUUUGUGUUUUAAAAAAAUUAACCUUUUCUUACAUGUUUCCUUGUGUUUUUUUAAAGGAGUUAUAUCGGUCUUAAACAAAAUGAUAUUUCUUUCUUACAAUUAGGGCUGCCUCUUUCAUACAUGGAUUGGAAAUAUGUGAAGAACAGUAUAUUUUAAGGAAUGUAACGGCCCGGGAAGACUGGAUAAAAUUCAAUAAUAAUGAGUGAGUACUUGUACUUUAUGGGCUUAGUCUGUGUGUGAGGUGAUGUUAUCCUUUUUUAAGAAGGGAGAUUAGCACUCCUCAGGUGCCUCUAAAGUUGUGUGUGCACAAGCUUGUCUUAGCAGCCCACUAUGAUACAUUCCCCUUGUACAAUGUUUACAAAUCAGGUAGUGUUCAACUCAAAGUCAUCAGCUAAUCUUGAACUUUUCUUUUUUUCCCCCAGUCAUUGGCCACUGAGGGUAGUAUUCGACUUAAAAUUUAGAACCGACAAAUGCUGAAUAUUUGUGAAAUUGCACUUUUCCUCAAUAUAGUAGCAAACCAUUUAACGUGCGUUCUGGCCAGCGUUUUGGUCUAUCAACUUGGUUGGUUUGCCAAAAGAAUAAUAUGCCUGGGUUGGGUUAAAGUGGUGAGACAAAUUUAUAUUAUUUGUAUACUGUGGCCUGUACUGGUACUACAGCUGUUCUUGUGGUUAGUAUCAGUUCAUUUCGUGGGACUAUUACUUGACCAAUGUCAAGCCAGAUUACCUAGCCAAUUAAACACAUAUAUUCACACACGCUGUGGGCCAACAAAGCAUUUUGCAUCCUGCAAAGAUAGUCAUACUGUCAAUUUGUUCUUUUUUUAUUUACUUUCUAUGAAUAAUUUCACCUCUUGGAAUGUUGUUGUUUAGAGGAGGUGGAAUAUCUCCCAAACAUUCUUUUUCUUUGGUGACUCAGAAUGAGGCCUUAUAUAUUUUUUUUAAAAAAUUUGUGAUAGUUUACGUAUUUAAAAAAAAAAAUGUAAAAAAUUAUUCAUUAAAAAAUAUUAUAGAGAUUAAUAUAGUAAUAAUAUAAUAGCAUGUUUGUUUUCUACUUUACUAGCUCACAGCAGCUGUUUCUUCCAACCCUCCAUUACUCAUUUUUUGGUCUUAUUAGUAUUAGUGUGUUAUCUAUUUCCUGUUUACCCUAGUCCAUCUUUCCAUCACUGAUCUUUAGGCCUUCUAUAAUGUGGGUGUUGAUUAUGCCUCACUAGCACCCAUGUUAUUGUUUAUAUGAGGCCAUUAGAGCUGUGUUUCAUGUGUUUGUUCAUUACAUACUAUGACUCAAUGUCAUGUUCUCUACAUAUUAUAACCCAAUGUCAUGUUCACUACAUAAUAUAACCCAAUGUCAUGUUCACUCCAUACUAUAACCCAAUGUCAUGUUCAAUACAUACUAUAACCUAGAGGCCGACCGAAAGUGAUUUUCUGAUUUCGGCCGAAGCCGAAAAUGGGCCGAAAGUUUAAAAUGACUUUCGGCCGAAACCGAAAAAAGGCCGAAAGUUUAAAAAUGACUUUCGGCCGAAACCAAAAAAGGCCGAAAGUUAAAAAUGAAUUUCGGCCGAAACCGAAGCCGAAACCGAAAAUGAAAUAUUUAGAUAUUUUGAAAUUCGUUCCCGCAUACAUUUUGCAUACAUCGAAAAUAAUGUGGGAAAGUAUAAAUAUUUAUACAUUCUUUUUAUAAAAAUGAGAUAAUUGUGAAUAUUAAUAAAUAAACAUCUAAUAUAGGGGUCUCAAACUUGCGGCCCGCGAGCUAUUUGUGACCCGCAAGACGAUAUUCUGCGGCCCGCUACAUGACAGAAAAGUUUAGUGUAAAUGCGCCGGCCCGUUUCCCCCAUUUUCAUAGCUAUAGCGUGACUCUCCGCGACGGUGUCAGUCGAAUCUCACUGACUAGUCUAAUUCUGUUUUUUUUUUUUUGUGGUAAUGUUUCUAUAUAUUUUUUAAUGCAACAGUGAGUAGGUGGAUGAAAGUGAAUCCUAGUUCUUGAGAACCCUUAAUGAUUUUAUUGUUUUUUAUAAAGGUUGAGCAGAUUGUAACAGUUGUAGUCGCUUUUUUGUGGAUUACUUGAUGCGGCCCACUCUCAUUCAGACACUACCUCCUGCGGCCCCCCUGAUGAUUUGAGUUUGAGACCCUUGAUCUGAUGAAUACUUUGGAUUUUACCAUUUAAAUAUAAAAGUAAUUUAAAUUGCGUUAAAAAAUUUUUUAAUUAGUAUGUUAGGAGAAAAUUUGGCAAAAAUUGAGGUGUGGGGGGGGGGGAGGAAAUUAAUGCAAAGUAUUAUUUUUUUAAACCGGGUCUCUUAAAAAUUGUUGUUCUAAAAUAUCGCUUAAUUUGUUUUUAAAGAUCGUUUAGUUGGUUGUUAUUGAUCGCUUAAUUUGUUGUUUAAGAUCGUCCAGUUUUUGUUAAUGAUCGCUUUAUUUUUUCUUAAAGAUCGGUUAGUUUGUUCAUACAAAUCGCCUGGUUUGUUGUUAAAGAUCACUUAGUUUGUUGUUAAAGAUCGCUUAGUUUUUCACAAAGAUCGCUUAGUUUGUUCUUAAAGAUAAUUGAUUUUGUUCCUUAAGAUCGAUUAGUUUGUUUUUAAAGAUCUUUUAGUUUGUUCCUAAAGAACAUUUAGUUUUCUGUUAAAGAUUGCUUAGUUUAUUCUUAUAAAUCAUUUAGUUUCCUAUUAAAGAUCAUUUGUUUUGAUCUUAAAGAUCAUUUAGUUCGGUCUUAAAAAUCGUUUAGUUUGUUCUUUAAGAUCGUUUAGUUUGUUCUUAAUAACCGGGUCUCUAAAAAUUGUGGUUCUAAAAUAUCGCUUAAUUUGUUUUUAAAGAUCAUUUAGUUGGUUGUUAUUGAUCGCUUAAUUUGUUGUUUAAGAUCGUCCAGUUUUUGUUAAUGAUCGCUUUAUUUUUUCUUAAAGAUCGGUUAGUUUGUUCAUCAAGAUUGCCUGGUUUGUUGUUAAAGAUCACUUAGUUUGUUGUUAAAGAUCGCUUAGUUUUUCACAAAGAUCGCUUAGUUUGUUCUUAAAGAUAAUUGAUUUUGUUCCUUAAGAUCGAUUAGUUUGUUUUUAAAGAUCUUUUAGUUUGUUCCUAAAGAACAUUUAGUUUUCUGUUAAAGAUUGCUUAGUUUAUUCUUAUAAAUCAUUUAGUUUCCUAUUAAAGAUCAUUUGUUUUGAUCUUAAAGAUCAUUUAGUUCGGUCUUAAAAAUCGUUUAGUUUGUUCUUUAAGAUCGUUUAGUUUGUUAUUAAAGAUCGCUUAGAUAGUUCUUAAAGAUCGCUUAGUUUGUUUUAAAUAUCGUUUAGUUUGUUCAUAAAUCUCGUUUAGUUUGUUGUUAAAUAUCAUUUAGUUUGUUCUCAAAGAUCGCUUAAUUUGUUCUUAAAUGUCGCUUAUUUUGUUGUUAAAUAUCGUUUUCGCUGAGUAUUAAAUGACCGAAAACCUGAGUCACUUUCGGCCGGAUGGCCGAAAGUCUAAGUCAAUUUCGGCCGAAACCGAAGAAAAACCGAAAGUUAACUUUUCUCUUUCGGCCAAAACCGAAAUUAAGCCGAAAGUUAACUUUUCAGUUUCGGCCGAAACCGAAACUUGGCCGAAAGUGAUAAAAUGGCCACUUUCGGCGCCGAAGCCGAAAUUCGGUCGGCCUCUACUAUAACCCAAUGUCAUGUUCACUACAUACUAUAACCCAAUGUCAUGUUCACUACAUACUAUAACCCAAUGUCAUAUUCACUACAUACUAUAACCCAAUGUCAUAUUCACUACAUACUAUAACCCAAUGUCAUAUUCACUACAUACUAUAACCCAAUGUCAUGUUCACUACAUACUUUAACCCAAUGUCAUGUUCACUACAUACUAUAACCCAAUGUCAUAUUCACUACAUACUAUAACCCAAUGUCAUAUUCACUACAUACUAUAACCCAAUGUCAUAUUCACUACAUACUAUAACCCAAUGUCAUGUUCUCUACAUACUGUAACCCAGUGUCACUUUCACUACAUACUAUAAUUCAAUGUCGUGUUCACUACAUACAACUCAAUUAAGUUCUUCAUACAGUUUUUCUUGCUUGCUUCCUUUAAUAAGCGAUACACAAUUACUUUGUUUUUGAAGUUUAAGAAAAGAUAUACAUUUUAAGUGUCAUGGCAAGUUUAGCAGUACUUUAACUGGCUUAGGGUGUGGAUAUUAAUUGGUCCCUCCCCAUUUUUAGACCAACGUUUGUAUACUUUAAGUCAGUCAGGUCUGAGUAACUUGGUACCAGACGCCUGGUUUUGUCUGUAGUACACAUCUGUGUCCUUUGUGUAAGUUAAUACAGGCAUAUAUGUGUGUCAGUUGAGAUCAGACAUUUGCAAUCGGCCCAGUCAUGUUUGGAAACGCAUACCAUAUGGGUGUUUUCUCAUACCAGAACAGCCAGUGUUCUGUGUUAGCUGGUACCAGACAUAUAUGUAAGAUGAGACCAAAUAUCUGAGUUUGUCUUGUAAGUAAGACGAAAUAUAUCAAUGUAGGCCCAUCAUUUUCUUGGGAAACCCUGCUUUUAAACGUUUGUUAUAACUUCCUGAUUCGUAGGUCGCCCGGAAGAUAUGAGUACUGGGAGCGAGCUCAUUUCGGAAGGAAACCAGAAACGCAUUGUAGUAGCACUUGAAUAAUCCAGCCCUUGCUUUGCAGUGACCUUUAGAGUUAUCUUUCCCCCUGGGUCGUCUGAUCGGAUGUGGUAAUUUAGUUCUGAAGACAAGACGAGAAGACCUAUAAUGUUAAGUCGGCUACAAGUUUAGAUCUUGUAGCGUAAUAUGAGAUGCAUAUUCUCAGUCACGCUAGUCGCUCCGUGUUGUAGUGUGGUCGACUGGAUGGAUAUGCAUACAGAUUUGUCAUGUACAAAUGAUACUGAUUGUGUCAUCCAAUUGGACACAUGCACAGUACGAGCUUUUAUUGGAUAAGUGCCCAUAUACUAGAAUAUGUGGAUGGCAAAUGAGGUAACCCUUUCUCUGAUUGACAUGUCCAGUUACGUGAAGUAUACGGUCAUCUAACGCGGUUGGCGUUGGACUAGUCCAGUUCCAAGAUUUGCCAGCCAACAGUGUUUGACAUGUUAAUGGAUUGUUAAUGGGUUUAUAGGCGUGUCUCGUUACUACCCAUGUGAUGUCGUUGGCGGGACUUGAUCAGUGCACGAACAUCAUGUCUGUCAUAUAAUGAUAUAAGAAUCUGUCUUGUUUUAUCCAACUCCCCGUAUUGACCAUGACACAUCCAGAUGAAGAUUCACAUCAUCCAGAAACGGUCGAUUCAGGGCCGCGCCUUCACUGUGUGGGGGUGGGGUGAGCCAUGCUGUAACACUGGCCCUGCUGUCCAGUUUAAACUGUUUGUCGGGAGGGGCGGCAGGGCAUCAACUUCCAUACUAGACAAUGCAUCAAGUCUCGUCUCUUGUGAAAUGAACGUCGGCCCAGUGUUAUCACGGGACACACCCCCCCCCCCCGUGUUAAAUGCCAUAUGGAGGGAAGCAUUGUUAGAGUUCUUACUGGAAGGCAUCUUGUAUUUAUCACAAGGCCUAUUAAAUAAGCCUGACGGCACAUAUGUUAACAUUUUGGCACUAAAUUCUGAGACACUUGCAACAGAGCCUACGAUUUGACCAAGUGUUUUAAGCUCUGUUACGUGUAGAGUAAUAAAUAGUAUAGUUUUAUUAUGCAUGUGUUUUUUUUUAAAUCUUUUACAUUGGAUGGUCGUGAUCUGCUCAUAAAACUUAGUGGGUGACAGGAAUGUAUGGGGCUGUAGAACAAGUCUUAACAAUGGUUGGUACAUUCACGGGCGUAGAAGGAGGGGGCGGUCUGCAUCCGACGGCAUUUAUUCUGGUGCGGUAUUUUCGGUCGCCCUCAUAUUCUUUAUAUAGCUUCUUUAUUACAAAAAAAAAUUGCCUUCUGUAUGUUUUUUUAUUUUCGUUAAUUGGGCGGUCCAAAUCAAGGACCGCCCGGGUGUGGACCACACUACGGUCUGUGGCCGGAGCACACUUUUUUUUGGAGCACGCAGAAGUUAAAUGGGGCACACUUGACCAACUGUUAAAUGGAUGAACACUGCCAUUUAAGUUUGCCAAAUCUAAUACUAAACCAAACAGAUUGCAUACGACCACCGCGCCCUUCCCGCCCCACUUAUGAUACAGACGUUGAAGAAUAUAAUGAUGGUUAAGUCACGUACUUAAAGGUCACGGUGCCAUAUUGUAAAACAACUUUUAACCGUCGCAUACCGCAUAUAAUAAAUACGAUUUAGUGUAGGAAGAGCUGUGGUGAGACCAUCGGUGAUGGCCGGUGACAGUUUUUAAGCGGGUUGAUAAUGAGGGCGUAUUGAAUGACGUUUUACUUUGAAAAUGACACGACUCUUACUGUUGACAACGCCCUGCGGGGGUCGCCCUUAAACCUUUGAGUGAAAGACGGGGUGAACCGACGCCCCGUAAUCGUCAUUUGGUGAUGUCACUAGUUCUGUUCAGCCGCCUAAUCGAUACAACUGUCUAGCUCACCUCAGGGGCGGAUGCUUUGGGCAUGACAAACUUGUCCCAGAAGACUCCAAGGGGCCCAUGUUUUGGGUAUGAUAAAGUUGGCCCAGAAGACUCCAAGGGGCCCAUGUUUUGGGUAUGAUAAACUUGUCCCAGAAGACUCCAAGGGGCCCAUGUUUUGGGUAUGACAAACUUGUCCCAGAAGACUCCAAGGGGCCCAUGUUUUGGGUAUGACAAACUUGUUCCAGAAGACUCCAAGGGGCCCAUUGGGCCCCAUUUUUUAGGUAUGAUAAAGUUUGCCCAGAAGACUCCAAGGGGCCCAUGUUUUGGGUAGGAUAAAGUUUGCCCAGAAGACUCCAAGGGGCCCAUGUUUUGGGUAUGAUAAAGUUGGCCCAGAAGACUCCAAGGGGCCCGUGUUUUGGGUAUGAUAAAGUUGCCCAGAAGACUCCAAGGGGCCCAUGUUUUGGGUAUGAUAAGUUGGCCCAGAAGACUCCAAGGGGCCCAUGUUUUGGGUAUGAUAAAGUUGGCCCAGAAGACUCCAAAGGGUCCAUGUAUUGGGUAUUACAAAGUUGGCUUAGAAGACAGCAAGGGGCCCAUGUUUUGGGUAUGACAAAGUUGGCUUAGAAGACACCAAGGGGCGGAUUUGUUAUUUUUUUGGAAAGUUGUGAAUACCCGCUGGUAGAGGACAGGAAUACGUGGUUGGGAGGCAGGUGGGUGCUGCUUUACCAUGAGACGCAUGCUGGAGUUGUAGGAAUGUAGGCCAAUGAGCAAAGUCACGGUCAAAGGGGGACUUGUUUCAAAAAGAAUGUUGACGAUGAGAUCCAUCUCCAUAAGUUUUGUCCGCCACAAACAGGCAAGUUUUAUGAAUGAAAGUUCUCUCGGUUCGUGGAAACAGAGAGGUGCGACAUGGUCCAAGGGUCGGGUGUCUGGUCAUGACGCGUAUCGAUUGUUUUGAUUACGGCCUGUGCGUACAAUCCCAUGAAAUACAGACCAGAGACGGGGGAAUGCCACGGUUGAUAGAUAACAUGACCAGGUGUGUUGGAAUUUUUCUACGAAUGACAAGAAUGGUGACGGUCAGGUUCUAGUGGUUGCACUCCGUGACUGCUCUGUUAGUCACGCGCUAACCCAGUGGGUGUUCAAUAGUUAGUGAGGCCUACACACAAACAUACCUGAACAUGGUGUACACUUUGAGCUAGUUGGAGUCUGUCAUGCAGCAAGAGUGGUCGUGACAAUGUGUCGUCGUUGCGGCUUCUAAAAUGUCAACGUUUCAAACGGACGAUCUCCUUCGCCAUUCACACAUUUAUUGUGUACACCAAGAUGACGGCUGGUGGGACGAAUCUGUAGUUUAUUCUAUAGCGAAUGUGUUUCCUGAAGCAGUUUGUUUGAUAAUGUUAUAUCGGGGCCGUCAAAUAAAGCACGUCACACUCCGGAAAAAAAAAAGGGGGGGGGGGUUGUGUCAAAGAAAGUGGGGCAUUUUUGUGACACAGUUGGGAAAGGGGGGGGGGGUAAAGAUCUUGUGUGGCUUCACGCAGUUUAUGUUUUAUUAUACAAAUAAAACCUGCAAUUUACAAUGAUGUGGAACUUUCUGUGUGAUGGUUGAUGAACUUUAUCUUAGUUGGAGUUGAUAUUCACUGGGUUAAAUGAUCUUUAUCUUAGAUGGCGUUGCUGUUCGAUGGGUUAAAUAAUCUUUAUCUUAGAUGGCGUAUGGCGUUGCUGUUCGAUGGGUUAAAUGAUCUUUAUCUUAGAUGGCGUUGCUGUUCGAUGGGUUAAAUGAUCUUUAUCUUAGAUGGCGUUGCUGUUCGAUGGGUAAAUUAUCUUUAUCUUAGAUUUAAUAUAUAAUGGUUAAAUGAACUUUAUCUUAGUUGGAGUUGAUGUAUAAUGGGUAAAUGAUCUUUAUAUUUUUUGGAGUUGAUUUACAGUGGGUAAAAUGAACACUAUGGGUGCUGGGUGGCCGAAUGGUCUAAACUGAGCAAAUCUCAAGUUCAAUUCCAGCUAAAGGCACAUUCAAGCAAUAACGUCACCAGCCCGUUAACCUUAGAUGGCAACUCAUCUCCAUCCAAGAGAAGGAAGCCCUGAAAUCAAACCCGGAGAUGGAGUCCCGUAGGCGGAUAACAUUGAUACGAUGAAACAUACCGACACUCCUGCGACUCCACUGGUGCCAAGCUGUGUCAUCCACACGAUGUUCCCUUGGGUUAUCAGUUAUCCAGCGGCGUGGAGAGCGGCGAUUUGCUGUUGGCACCCAGCUUAAAAUCCUUGUGGAUUUCGUCCUGGGAAGUCUUUCACCAUCGUCACAUUGCAACGGGCGGAUGCCAGCAACAAAAAUAAAUGACAUUUAUCUCAUUGGACGUUGAGCCAACAUUGUGUAUCAGGACAAUGAGUGUCGGCCCUGACUUGAGUGUGCGUCAUAACUACCGAUAUCAACCUUUAUAAUGCCGCGACCCAUUUAAUACAAUACACCAACCACACAAUUAUUUUCGUUGCUACUUUUUGACUGUCGAAUAUACGUAUUUUUUAUAAAAAAAGGGUCGCGUUCCACAGUUUGCCUGCGAACCUUGGCUUAGCACAUGAAACCACCCCAGUGACUGCAUUUCUUUACGCGAAUGUCCUGUGUGUCGUCACCAUAAAUGGCCGCCAUUGUAGUGCUGACAAAGGUAUCGGUAGCGCUCGAGAUAAGUCUUAUGUUUCAUCGUGUGACGUCGACAGGACCGCCCGCCACUACCACUACUACCGUUUGUGAACGAGUCGAGCAAUUCAAGCCGACACUGGCCGUUGUGUGUCCGGGAGGUGGUUGCAUCAACGUGUGUCAUGAUGUCAUCGUGGAAUGUUGCUGGGGAAUUAGUUAUUUGUAAAAAAAAAAUAUGUAAACAAACCGUUAUUCUCAGCAACACUUUAUGAUGCAUAGUGUAUAAUCCAGUACUUGAAAUAGCGGGGUUUGGGGAAGGGGUUGGGGGGGGGGAUAUCGAGUUAUGAAUCACUGUUGGUGAGACACCCGGAUGCUCUCAGUGGGGAGUUAAAUCCUUGUCUAAACUGUGGUUUUAUCCAGAGCUGGGAUGUAGUAGUAGUAGUGUGGGACAUUCCCAUGGCUAGUGGACAUUCACAUAUCAGAAUUUGUAGAGCUCCGAAAACUAUGCGCAGUGCUUGAGCUACGACAACUAUAAAUAGUGAUUGAGCUACGGCAACUAUAGGGGGCCUACAUAGUGAUUGAGCUACGGCAACUAUAGGGGGCCUACAUAGUGAUUGAGCUACGGCAACUAUAGGGGGCCUACAUAGUGAUUGAGCUACGACAACUAUAGGGGGCCUACAUAGUGAUUGAGCUACGACAACUAUAGGGGGCCUACAUAGUGAUUGAGCUACGACAACUAUAGGGGGCCUACAUAGUGAUUGAGCUACGACAACUAUAGGGGGCCUACAUAGUGAUUGAGCUACGGCAACUAUAGGGGGCCUACAUAGUGAUUGAGCUACGGCAACUAUAGGGGGCCUACAUAGUGAUUGAGCUACGGCAACUAUAAAUAGUGAUUGAGCUACGGCAACUAUAAAUAGUGAUUGAGCUACGGCAACUAUAAAUAUUGAUUGAGCUACGGCAACUAUAAAUAGUGAUUGAGCUACGACAACUAUAGGGGCCUACAUAGUGAUUGAGCUACGACAACUAUAGGGGGCCUACAUAGUGAUUGAGCUACGGCAACUAUAAAUAGUGAUUGAGCUACGGCAACUAUAAAUAGUGUUUGAGCUCCGACAACUAUGAAUAGUGAUUGAGCUCCGACAACUAUGAAUAGUGAUUGAGCUCCGACAACUCUAACUUGUGACCAACUGUUGUAGACCUGAUCCUAACGUAGCAUACAUAUACCUUUGGAAUACGAACCGAUCCGAGCAUUUCAGUAGACCUAAACCUUAUUCUAACAUGUCAUUAAACCUUAUCCUAAGAUGUCGUUAACUCCUUAUCCUAACAUGUCAUUAAACCUUAUCCUAACAUGUCGUUAACUCCUUAUCCUAACAUGUCGUUAAACCUUAUCCUAACAUGUCGUUGUCAAAUGUCAUUGACCACUGGCUCAGUGUGAACGGGUUGGUUAAAAUUGUAUCCCCAUUGACCCCCCAAAAAAUCUCUGUACCGGUAUAUAUUUAUCCCACUUGCGUUUUUCUGUAAAAUAUUCCGGACGUGGUGGGUGAGAGGUUGGGGGGGGGGGGGGUGGGGGGGGGGGGGGGAAGAGCGAGACGGAUGGCGUUUACCAAUAAGAAGCUGAACACGGACUGUAGGAUACAACACCACCGACACCACACCACAGACACACACGAGGCGUUGGCAUGACGCGUCUUCAGUCAUACGGACAGCACUGUGGUACUAAAUUUACUAACUCCUUUGUGUGCGAGUAUCUCAGUGCUGGUGACUUUUUGUCUAAUGAAAGUUUUCUAUGACCUGAUCAUCUCUGUUAAUGGAAGAACUAUUUCACUAAUCAACUCAAAGUUUGCUAACCACGGCGGUGUAUGAUUGCUUUCCUUGACUUGACUGGCGUUGUUUGUUGGCUCAGCACAGUGACACAAUAAACUGAGCAAUCGCUUUGCAUUACACAAAUACAAAUAAAUAAGUGUUGUUGAUUGUUAUAUAUAUAUAUANUAUAUAUAUAUAUAUAUAUAUAUGUGUGUGUGUGUGUAUGUAUAUAUAAAUAAUCUGACAAAUAACUGUAGUUUGGUUCAAUGCUAAUUUUUGUAUCUUCUGUUCCCAGAUAACUUCUGUUUGGUUCAAUGCUAAUUAUUUGCAUUUUCUGAUCCCAGGUUCAUCUUUGGCAGAAUAUGAAGAGAUCCAGAGGGCUGCCAAAGAGAGGGCGGAAAUUGUUGCCAAGUAUGAUUUGGUAAGUAAUUCUUAGGUCAGAGAUGACAGCAUGUUUCUUUGACUUUUAUACUAUUGGUUGGUUCUAUCAUCUACCAGAAUUUGAUUGGUCAGUGGGACAGGUUACCGAAGAGCAUGAUUCUUAAAACUUAUUCCCCUUGCUGUAUUGACAAUUCAUCCUGUUAUCUCUAAACGACUCCCUAAUAUUCUGUUUCUCCUCCUUGAUGUCUUGGCAGUUCAUCUUGUUAUCUUGAAAUAACUUGCUGAUAUUCUGUUUCUCCUUUCUCUUUAAAUACUGCCAUGUCCAUAUACUAUCUUAUUGCUUAAUUUCCUUUCCUGUCUUAAUUUAAUACUUCUCCCUGCUGUGUUCUAAUCAUUCACUCUACUCUUUCCAUGCUUUGUUUUCACUGACAUUACUGUAGAUGAGCUACUGAUAUUUUUGGCACACUUCCAUUUUUUUUUACCUAUGUGGUGAAUUCAUCAUGAAUUAAAUAUUUUAGAAACUACUUAGUUAGCAAUAAUAAUUUUAUAAUAUAUAUAUUAAAAAAAUGUUAAAAGAAAGAAAAGGAAAAUUGAUUUUACUUGCUUGAUUAAUAGCCUUCAAGAAGCACCAGAAAUAUUAAAUAUUUUAUUCUGAAAUUUAUUCAAUGUUAAUUUUUUUAAAUUAAUGUUGUUCUGAUAUGCUUGUAUAUGUCUAUUUAUAAUUAAAAUCAUUAAAGUUGAACUUAUAUCAAUAAACUAACGGUUUGAAAUGUAGUGAUGCGGUUUGAAAUGUAGUGAUGCAACAUCAAAUACUAAAACCGCCCAAAUUUAUAACUGCUCCUUCACCACACGUCACAUUAUGAUAUUACAUGGUUACAAAAUUUUUAAAAAAAAACGACAUUGUUCUAAAUAUUUUUUAAGGCAUAAUUACUUAUACUUUUAGGCAUAUUUACUUAUACUUUUUAGGCAUAUUUACUUAUACUUUUAGGCAUAUUUAUUUAUACUUUUUAGGCAUAUUUACUUAUACUUUUAGGCAUAUUUACUUAUACUUUUUAGACAUAUUUACUUAUACUUUUAGGCAUAUUUACUUAUACUUUUUAGGCAUAUUUACUUAUACUUUUAGGCAUAUUUACUUAUACUUUUUAGGCAUAUUUACUUAUACUUUUAGGCAUAUUUACUUAUACUUUUAGGCAUAUUUACUUAUACUUUUUAGGCAUAUUUACUUAUACUUUUACUCAUAUUUACUUAUACUUUUAGGCAUAUUUACUUAUACUUUUUAGGCAUAUUUACUUAUACUUUUAGGCAUAUUUACUUAUACUUUUAGGCAUAUUUACUUAUACUUUUUAGGCAUAUUUACUUAUACUUUUAGGCAUAUUUACUUAUACUUUUAGGCAUAUUAACUUAUACUUUUUAGGCAUAUUUACUUAUACUUUUUAGGCAUAUUUACUUAUACUUUUAGGCAUAUUUACUUAUACUUUUAGGCAUAUUUACUUAUACUUUUUAGGCAUAUUUACUUAUACUUUUUAGGCAUAUUUACUUAGGCAUAUUUUCUUAUACUUUUUAGGCAUAAUCAAUAGGAAUACAUUUAGUGACAAUCAUUGUCUAAAAUAAGCAGCUUUUAACUAAGUUUUUCAUUAUUAUUAAAAAAACAACCAAAUCCUUAGAAAACCUUUAGAUUUUCUGAUGCGUAGAACAAUUGAAUUUUUUUGUUAGCCAAACCAAUUCUCAGUACAAUUCGAAUUACAGAACUCAUUCAUGCUCAGGACUUAUCCCUUCUACAGUCAUUAUUUAUUAGACAUCUGAAUCAUUACAGUAAGGUUCAUGAAAACUAAAAUAUAUUAGAAAUAAUAUGAAUUGCAUACUGCCCAUUUUGAGAACCACUGGCUUACACUAAGUUACACAAUCCUGUGUGAAUCUUUAAUUCUCAGAUUUGUACAAUUCAUUUGAAUUUUGCCACCCAUCCAGAAGCAAAAGUGUUAAAAAUAUUUUUACAAAGCAUAGUGCUUGUUGGGCUGUGAUCAUUACACCAGGCUGUGUUCAUUAUUACCCCCAUGAACAUUGUCGGUAUCUAUUGAUCUUCAUUAGCACAAUCCCUUAAUUCAUACUUGUUUUGAGUUUAGCACCAGGUACAAUCAAGAUAACAUUCUAUUUCCCCCCACAAGUUUUUGCUGUGAGGGAAUCUUUCAGUGUGUCACUUUUAGGAUAUGUGAUUGUGCUCAUUGUCCCUGUAUAGAAAUUGAGUUUUGUAAAGUAAUGGAAGUCAUGUGUAUCCCUGCAUAUCAUGUUUAUACCUGCGUAGAGUGUUACUGUUGUAAUGUAUAUCAUGUGUAUCCCUGCAUAUCAUGUUUAUACCUGCGUAGAGUGUUACUGUUGUAAUGUAUAUCAUGUGUAUCCUUGUGUGGAGUAUGACUGUUGCAAAGUAAUGUAAGCCAUGUGCCUCCCUGGAUAGACGGACUAUUGUAAAGUAAUGUCAGCAUUAGUCAUGUGAACCGGUAACUAAUUGUCUCUAUGCAUGAGGGUAGAUGGGUAAACUAACCAUCAUAACAUUUCACAGUUUGAAUCAGUUAGCAGGUGCUAUUUUUAGGAGCUACAUAUUUGUCAGCUAGCUUGUUCUGUGCACUAUUGCUGGGUGCUAUGACAGAUCAGUGGGGAGUUAUUGGUCAAUAGGGACUUAUAGGUCAGUAGGGAUGAUAGAUCAGUAGAGACCCUAUUGACGAUUAGGGACUUUCAGGUCAAUUGGGACAUGGGUCAGUAGGGAAUUAUAGGCAUAAGGUGGUUGGCAUUGACAUAUUUAUUCGUAAAGACCUUGUGCAGAGUUAUGAACCAGUGCUCAUAAUAAAUGGAUACCUUUUUACAAUCUAACUGGAAACCAAUUAUUUAUACCUUGAAGCUGUAACUAUGUCAAUAAUUUCUCAGAUUAUUCAAUUUUUAUAACUUGCCAUUCAAGGAGUAGCACCUUAAGCUACAAAAAGUAGAUUCUAUUCUCAAUGUAAAUAAAAUUCAUUUCUUGACACAUCCUAAAUUGAGCAUACAAAAAAUGUUUAUAUCACAUCACUUCCGGGACACAACCACAGAUACAAAGACCACACGAUCCACUCACAGACACACACACUGAUAUAGAGGCAGCAAGCACUUUACUCACACACACUCAGUGUCUGAAGUUAAGCUCACAGGUAAUGCUGGAAACCCAACACUGGCCACUUGCUGCAUAACAUCAUUAACAAGUGUUUGAUUGUCUCAAGUGGGCUGUGGGUUUUUUUGCAGCGAAAGGAUGUAUCUUUACCAAGAGGGAACAACUGUAAUACCUGUUGGGCAAGUGGGGACAGGGGUUUGGGGGGGGGGAGGGGGGCGGGGGAAUUUUCUAUUUUUGUAUUGGUCCAACAUAAUAUUUGACAUCUUUGUCUGAUCCAAGUGAAGUACCCCGUACUUGAAGGAAAAAGAAAACAAAGUGAAAGAAAAUUUAAAUUUACAACCAAUUAAAUCUUCGCAUCCUUUAUUCAGCAGCCGCAAGCCAGACAGAAGGGAUUUACAUAUGGUUUUAAUGUUGCCUUCAUUUCCGAAUGAGUGUGAUUGUGUCUCCGUAUACCUCAAAGGUGGCUGUUUUUCUUUAUACCCGAAAGGUACUUCUUCGUAUACCAGAAAGGCACUUGUUUACCUGUAGGUGUUUUUCACCAUUUAUUACCCGCAGCACACCUGUUACUCCAUUAAUUCUCAGAGCAGUGGAAUACUUCUGUUGUAGUGUGUUACCUGGAGGUCAUUGUAACUCGUUAUCUCUUGCCAGUGUCAGUCUCAUCCUAAUGGGGCUGUGAUGGAUAGUGAUGUCUUGCAUCUUCACGUCCUGACUUUUAGUAUGUUUUAGCUGGCUUCUUGCUGGCUGGAGAUGGGUGGAUCUAUUCUGAGGGAUAGCAAUGGGUUGGGUCCUGUUAGUUAGUGCUGGAUGGGCGUUUCUUUGGUGUUCUUGGUUAGAGAUGGGUGUUGUGCUUUCUUGUUGCUUUGAGAUGGGGUUGGGGCUGUUUUAUUUAGCAUAACCUGAUUAUAUAUAGUACUAACAAAUUGAUUAGAAAUGUUGAAAAACUAAUUUUUCUUUCUUUUCUUCUUCGCUCAGGGCAGAGAAGAGGGUGCUCAAAUUGACCCCUGGGAGGAUCCUGCCUUUGAGGUGUACCAUGUCACUGAUAGAUAUGGAUUCAUUCAGUAAGUUGAAAGUUUCAUUUUGUGACAGAGCUUGAGCUCUAUGACAGGUAUCAGUUUCUUUGAUUUGUAUUAAGUUUAAAGACAGAUAACAUGUUUUGUGACAGAUACGUAAGCUCACAACUUAAACUGUGUAUAGUAUUUAAUGACAGUGUAAAAGACACAUACAGUGAAGAUUUAUUUUCUCUUUGAUGUCUAUUUCAGUGAUACAGCUUUGCCUAAGAACAUGGAUGCAGCAGAGGAGAAGGUAACUCUCCAUAGUUUUCUUUAAUAAUGCAAUGUUUUAUAGCUAGUGCAAUAGGAUAAAAAUGACAUGUUUUUAUUGUCGAUAACAAUGCCACAUUUUUAUAGUUAGUGCAGAUUAGAUAACAAUACUAGUUUUUUAUAGUUAGUUUAGUUAGGAUAAAAUUUAAAUGCUUUUACAGUUAGUGAGAAAAUGUUAAUUUUAUUUAGUUAGUUUAAUUGGGAUAAAAUGCAGUGUUUUUUUGUUGUUGUUUUUUUUUUUUACAGUUCGUGCCUGGUAGCACAGCAUUCUGCUAUCAGUUACGUUAAAUUUAUAACUAGUAUAAGUGAUCUUCCCAUUUUAGGCCAAGCUGGUGGAGAGAGAAAGAACAACAAAGUGGCUGAAAAUGUUGACUCAGUGGGAGAAAUAUUUCCCAAGCGAAAAGGUUGGAAACUCACUCUGCGUGUUUUUAAUAUCACAUGAAAUCAUUACACACAACAUCAUUACUCACAUCAUUAUUACACAUAACAUCAUAACUCUUUUAUUUACGUCACCACAUUGAUAAGUAAGUUAAUGAUACCACCACAUUAAUAAAUCAGCUGUCACCUCAUCAUUGUGAUAUGCACCUCUUGGUAAGUUGUCUCCCUGAUGCUAUUGUAGUUGACUCGGCGUGUGUACAAGGGCAUACCCGACUGUUUACGGGGAGAGGUGUGGUCCAAGCUGCUCAAUAUACCCAGGGUCAAGGCGGAACAAGAAGGCAUAUACAAUGUGAGUAGAAAAAUAAAUACUUCACACUGUUACCAUGGCUGUUUGUUAAAGCUUUAUUAACCCAUUCAAGCCCUGUAACAGGCAAAUCAGGCAACUCAACCUGCUGCUUACACGAUGCUGUAUAGAAUGGUGAAACCUCUCCAUUUAAAUGAAAAUCCUGCAAGAAAUAAGAUCAAGGGAGAUUACUUCAGGUUUUUGGUUUUUCUAAUCGAUUGGAGAGGGGUAAACAUUAUUUCAACUGCAGGUUUUAUUUUUUAAAAAAAUAUUUCUUUUUUUUUAAUGAUCAUGAGCAGAAAAGGAAUUUAUCUCAGUUUAAAUUUGAAUAAUUUACAAAAGACAGCUAGGGGAAAUAAUGUUAUGCAACACACAAAAUAACAAAUGAUGAAUGUGGAUCAAUUUAUUUCAUAGAAAUAUAUUGCAAAAGUGCACGUCUGCAUUUUGGAUUUAUAAAAAAAAAUAUCUGGCAAGUGGGCUCAGCAUCCUCCCCAAACCCACAAUUGCUCGGGUGACUUUGGCGGAUGUCCUUGAUUUCCGCUCCCCCACCACAUCUUCGGCUGUCAAAGUGGAUAAUGGCAGGCACCUUUUUAUUGCAAUAAUGCGCUGUAUUUAAAUAUAAAAACAUCAGUCAUCUUCUUUAUAGGACAUGGGAUGCGAAUAGUUAUUGUUUUUAUUAUACUGUAUGUUUAUUUAUUUACGUUUUUUUAUACUGUAUUGAAUGAUUUUGGGAUGUUAAAGUACUAUUCUGAGACUUUAUUGCACUAUUUAGGGAGUUCCGGUGUAACAAGGUCUGCAUGAGAGUGGAACUAGAGUGUAUCAAAAUAGCGAUAUUCGUUCAUGAUGAUGCAAGGAUUUUUAUGUAAAAAUGUAAACUACAAUAUUGAUCUGUUUGUAAAAAGUAGGAAAAAAAAGUACUUAGCUGGUGUUAUACUAUGUUGACAUGAGCUUAUUUACAAAAAAAAAUUGAAAUGGCAACAUUUGUCUGUUUAUUUUCCACAGAAAAUGCGGGACAGAGCUCGAACGAAGUCGACAUCUAUACGCCAAAUAGAUUUAGAUGUGAACAGAACAUACAGAAAUCAUAUUAUGUUCCGGGAACGUUAUGGUGUAAAGUAAGUUACCUUUCAUGGUGUUGAGUCUGACACAUAAGGUUUAUAUCCCAGACCCACUUUCAAACUGCUAAGGUGGCAGUUGGUCCAAAUUAUAUCAGAACUAAAAGGGUUACGACCAUCAUUGGAUGGUCAUGUUGAAUGGUUCCUACAAGCAGAUCACUUGACUCUCAGUGUGCUUUCUUUACAAAGUGACAUCUUUUUAAUCUUUCCAAUCAUUUAUUUUACCUGAGUCAUAUGUUUAGAGAUGGCCCAAUGAAGCCCUUUUGACUUUGUAAAUUGUUCAAAUUAUGGCUCAUGUUAAGGGUGCAUUUCACUGGCUCUCAAAUUACUAUGGAGCCUCAAAAUGUGUAUUUAAAAAAAAAAAAAAAAGUGGUUUUCUCAGCUUGUUACGAGAAUGGCUCACUAAAAAUGUAGUAAGUUAUGUAAAAGUCUAAAGUUGUCAUUUUUUUAUUUUUCCUGAUUCAUAUGUUCAGUGAUGGCCCAAUGAUGCCCUUUUGACUUUGUAAAUUGUUCAAAUUAUGGCUCAUGUUAAGGGUGCAUUUCACUGGCUCUCAAAUUACUAUGGAGCCUCAAAAUGUGUAUUUAAAAAAAAAAAAAAAGUGGUUUUCUCAGCUUGUUACGAGAAUGGCUCACUAAAAAUGUAGUAAGUUAUGUAAAAGUCUAAAGUUGUCAUUUAACAGUGAGAUAAUGUGAUUGUUGUUCCAGACAGCAAGCUCUGUUCCACGUCCUAGCAGCCUACUCUGUGUACAACACUGAAGUGGGUUACUGUCAGGGCAUGAGUGAGAUCGCCGCUCUCCUGCUCAUGUAUCUCAAUGAGGAGGUACGUCACAACCCUUGGCUGGGCUCAGUCUUCUUUGCAGUGCUGUGGGCACCUUGUGCUAGCUCAACCAAUCAGAAGAUGGAGUAGAACAUUUUUUUUUUUAAACAUGCAGUUUAUCAAAAUUGAAUAAUUUUUUCACGCGGAUAGUGAUACAAAAUAAUGAAUGGGAAACAUGUUAGCAAACAAACUACAGUACAAGUGUACACAUGAGAUGCUCUUGUUAGUUCUUUAUACACAAGAUUAGAUUUUUAAUUUUAAUUUUAAUUUUGGAGCAAGAUGUUAAUUCAAAUGAAAGUUUUUAAAAAGUUGUUUCUUAAGGCCUUUUACCUAAAUGGGACAUGAGUAUAGCCUGAUCAGAUUUUUCCAUAUUUUUACAAAGCUGCUAAUGUUGAUGAACAAACUCAUAACCGAGUCAUGUAAGAAUGAAAUGAUUUGUUGUAUUCACCUUUAGGAUGCCUUCUGGGGUCUUUCACAACUAUUCUAUGGACCAAGACACACCAUGCAUGGUAAGUUAUUUUUUGACACAUCUUAUCUUUAAUGACUCCACAUCAGUAAAUCUUUAAAGUUUUUACAAUGCCUCAUUCUAGGUAAUAGGGAAGUCAAGCAAACUAAAGUAGUUUAUUUAAUCAAGGAAGGUUUUAAAAAGGUUUAGUCUACAGUUGCUGUUUUGGUGUGUGUGACCCAUGCUCACAGACCGGUUGCAAGAUUUUUACAUUAAUAGAUUAUAAUCUUAAAUAAUCCACAGAAUUUAAUAAUCAUUUCCUUGGUCGUUGCUCCUCACUGAAACAGUGCAUAUAUUUAUUUUUCAAACCUUAAAUUCUGUCAUGGAAUGUUGAUAAUUAGACCUAUACAAGUAAUCACCAUCACCACCAUCACCUUCACCAUCAUUAUCAUCCCCUUCAUUAUCAUCACCACCAUCAUCAUCACCACCAUCAUCAUCACCACCAUCAUCAUCACCACCAUCAUCAUCACCACCAUCAUCAUCACCACCAUCAUCAUCACCACCAUCAUCAUCACCAAGUGUGAGGAAUUUUGAUUAAAUAGCAGUGCCAGGAAACUUAAACAAAGACAUGGUAAAUAGAAUAGUUUUCACACUGCACCACCCAAAAACAUCAAUGAGAAAUGGCCAAAUUUAGGCACAGGAAUUUUGUUUGUCACACUGCACCACCCAAAAACAUCAAUGAGAAAUGGCCAAAUUUAGGCACAGGAAUUUUGUUUGUCACACUGCACCACCCAAAAACAUCAAUGAGAAAUGGCCAAAUUUAGGCACAGGAAUUUUGUUUGUCACACUGCACCACCCAAAAACAUCAAUGAGAAAUGGCCAAAUUUAGGCACAGGUAUUUUGUUUGUCACACUGCACCACCCAAAAACAUCAAUGAGAAAUGGCCAAAUUUAGGCACAGGUAUUUUGUUUGUCACACUGCACCACCCAAAAACAUCAAUGAGAAAUGGCCAAAUUUAGGCACAGGAAUUUUCUUUUUAAAAUGUGUCUGUUGUUCUGUCUUGUUUUAAUGUUGGCCCUGAAUCAUCCGUUUAAGGUGGAGACGUAAUUUAUCUAUUUUAGAAAUUAUGUUUGAUCGGUAGCCAUUGAUCCCUGCAAUAAUUUUGGUCAGCACGGCACAUUCAUAAAGUUAAUAACUUUUUUCACUCCAGGAUUUUUCAUCCAUGGAUUCCCGAAGCUGUUGCGUUUUCAGGAACAUCAUGAUAAUGUUUUGAAGAAAUUUUUGCCUAAAAUCAGGAAGCACAUGGUGAGAAAUGGUCUUUUUAAAUUUCUUAUUAUAUCUGGUUCUUAUAACUCCACAUCAAGCCUGACAAUCACAAUCAACCAACCUUUAUUAUUUUUUUUUUUACCUUUAUUGUUCAUUGCCCAUAUUUGGAGCGGGCAACCCCUAAUUUUUUUUUCUUCUGGUAGAUAAGACCUGUCGGGGGAAAAAUUCUUCUCUAAAAUUAGGACAGCAGUUUUGUCAAUUUUUUGGUCUAUUUAUAGCUAUGAUAUGUUUUGAUUCUCUGAAGAUUUUUCCAUACUUCUAUGCCACUGUUUUUUGCAAGUGUUUUGUCAUUUAUUUCAGGAGAAGAAUGAGAUGUACCCAACCCUUUACACCAUCAAAUGGUUCCUGCAGUGUUUCUUAGACAGGGUGAGCAUAAUUCUCAGUCUGUUUACAUGGCUCAUUUUGACGGCAUUGCUGAUAGCUAGGAUUUAGUGAGCUGAAAAAAAAAGGACGUGUCAGAGCUUCCACAACCUUUUUUCACUCACGGCACACCUAGACCCUUCCCAAAUAUCCGCGGCACACCUAGACCCUUCCCAUAUAUCCGAGGAACACCUAGACCCUUCCCAUAUAUCCACGGCACACCUAGACCCUUCCCAUGUAUCCAUGCACACCAAGACCCUUCCCAUAUAUCCACGGCACACCUAGACCUUUCCCAAAUAUCCGCAGCACACCUAGACCCUUUCCAUAUAUCCGAGGCACACCUAGACCCUUCCCAUAUAUCCACAGCACACCUAGACCCUUCCCAUAUAUCCACGGCCCACCUUGACCCUUUCCAUAUAUCCGAGGCACACCUAGACCUUUCCCCAUAUAUCCACGGCCCACCACUAGUAAAACAUGAUUUUAAUGUGAAUAUUAAAUAGAAGUGAUUGGGGGGGGGGGGGGAUUAAAAACUUCAAACACUAAUUUAAAUAUUUAAUUUUAAUACUAACUAAUGAGACAUUAUCGCCUGUUUUGCUGAACAUGGUUGUUUUAUAUUUGGCUCAAUAUCUGAUAGAGCAACUCAGAGUUCAUGUCUAUGUCUUUCCAGCACGACUGCCUAUCAAUAUUUUAAAACAAUUGUAGAGAAACAUAGUGGACAUGAAUAAAUGGUUAAAAAGUGUAGCAGAAUCGAAAUAGCCUCCAUAUGACCCCUAGGAUACCCUUGACUAAAACCUAGAAGAUACAAAAUGGAUCUUCACUGAGCUUUGGAUUUGAGUCUCCCAUCAUUCCUCAAUUCCAGAAUUUUCUCUUGUCACUGAAGGGAGAGUUCUUAUGUAGAAUCUUGGGCAUAGGAGCUAAAGGAUUUGUGAUCAAAUUGUGUUGCUCCAAAUUUAAUCUAUAAAAGUUAUCGUCAAAUUGUCUCUGCAUCAAUUUCAAGAAGUAUACAUUUAUGGCAUUUGUCAGUUAACAUUUGGAUAUUCAUCAUAAUGCUAUGAAUGCAAAUUAAUUUUACAAAAAUAUAAAUUGACUAAUUAAUCUUUGUUAACAUUGUUCCCUGGUAGGAGACUGUGAUAAUAUUGAGAAAUGUUCUAACAAAAUGCUAUUUGUUGGUCUAUGUCCAGACCCCGUUCCACCUCACUUUAAGGUUGUGGGACAUCCACAUGUUGGAUGGUGACCAGUUGCUUGUGUCCAUGGCCUACUGCAUCAUCAAGAUCCACAGACGUAAGUGGCUGUUUUGUGGCUUGUUGUCUCUCUUAGUACCAGGCAUCGGGGCUGUUACGUAGCUUGUUGUCUCUCCUAGCGCCAGGCGCUGGUAGCUCUAGCAGCUCUAGCAGCUCUAGCCAUCAGAUGUUUAAAUGACCACACCAAUAAUGACAGGGGUGACAGAGAAAAAUUUUGGUUUCCAAACAGGCAAAGUUCCCGUUAAAUUGUUAAAAGAAUGUUUCAAGGGCUGUUAAAUGUCAUUUCAAAUGUUUGUUCUCUCAAAGAAUAUAGCAGUUUUAUGAACAUGAAUGUUAUCGUUAGUAUUAUAGCUCCUAUUAUUUAUAACCAACCAAACGAUGGCGGCGGCAAUGUGUAAACUACUUAAUUAACUUGACAAAACAUGCAUUCAAAUAAAGCACCUCACAAGAAACCCAAUCAGUGCUAACUUCUGGGAAUUUUAUUUUGUGCUACAGAGUGUUACAGCCGUUACAUACAUACAUACAUACAUACCUAGAGAUUUAUUAUUUACUACCGUGUCCUCAGUAGUUAUUAGAACAUAUAACAUAUCAACUUCUUAAAAUUAAAAGAUGUAUUUAAACAAAAUCUGUUCAUAAUGUAAUUCUUUGUUGUUUUUCUCUAGGCCGGAUCCUUAAGAUGCAAAUGGACGAACUGUUGACUUUCUUUCAAUCCAGCCUGGAGAAGGAUUUUCAUUAUGACAAUGACACUGUGAUAGAACAAGUUCAGAUCUGCAUGGAAGAGCUCAAGAAGGCCAGGAUGGCAAUACCCAUGCAACCUAAAACAGACAUCGAAAACCCAAAACUGCCAUUCGGUCUGGAGAUCCAGCCCAGCGUGGAGCAGUUGAUAGGUCGCAGGUCAGAGGAAACUGUUGAUGAACAUUUUCGCAAAAAUGUGCCAAGGCAACCUGGGGGCAAGGCUGCAUACCUGAGGAGGAAGAACACGGGGGGCAGCGUGUCGGGGGGCAACAACUUGCUGAGCACUCCUGAAAUGACCAGGAGUCGUGGUGACACGAGGUCGCUUCAUUCUCGCAUGUCCCAGUACUCAAUAGAUGAUAAAUCAUCCUACUACGACACGGCCACCAACUCCAGGCUGUCCCUGGCAGACUUCAGUGGCAAGACAUCGGCGCCCAGCUCUAGGACAUCUUUUGGUGAAAGUUCUGAGAUGGGCAGCAUGACGGGACUAGGUCACGGCUUCACCACACCGGUGGACUUAGACGAUGUGGGGGUGGAGGUAGCCACACCCACCACACCAACAAAUCCCCCAAUGCCCUCAGAUCAGUAUGCAAGUAAUAGUCCGCCGGCCAUUAUGUCACAAUCCUAUGAAAUGCCACGGUCAUCUUCUUCCUACGACCAUCCGUCAUCGAUGAGGCAGUCCACCUCUCUAGAAAUGUCGCCCCGAAGGAUGGUAACAACGUUUGACAGUAAUCCAAGGGUGAUCACCUCUCACGAAUACACAGCUCAACAACGUGCUGGGAGAGUUGUCCCCAAAUCCUCUGCUUCGUACGACAACGGUUUAAAAAAUGCCACUCCAACAAACUACCACCAGAUGAAAGGGUCAAGGUCUUAUGAAGCAGACCGCAGGGUAGGGAACAUCACACCCCGUCCCACAGCCUCGCAUGAACAACAAGUGGACAUGGCGAGAGCAAAUUCAAGAGGCCCGUCGUCACCCCAUCACGUCACAGUUAUAAACCAUACCAGCCUGCCCGUUACUAUAGCAAAUGAACAAAAACCUGCACACACUGACGACAACGACUCCACGAAAUCUCCAGCUGGCUCGACGGCCUCUGACUACGACAAUAUGAAUGGCAUGUACGACAUGGACACAGAGGAACUAACACGUGGAGACGGGGGGUUUACGUUUCCCACAAGUAAAUCAGAUGGGUUUGUUUCGUCCUCGCAUGCCGAGGAGAUGUUAGUCUUAAAUGGCCACGAUGGCCGAAUGUCCACCCAAAUGAAGAUGACCAGGACCGAAAACGAUAUUCAGCGGGCUCAGGUUCGUGAUCACCGCAUGCAGCGGAAUGUGGAUUACCAGAACGGAUACGAGGUAGAACAACAGAACAGCUACCAGGUGUCGCAGACCUCCACGUCUCAGACACGGGCAGUGUACACAAAGGUGGUGGACAAGACAUCUUACCUGUAGCUGGAUGGAUGAUGUUUCUCAUGCGGCAGUACUAAAUGUUUUAAUUUCUUCAUCAGACACUACAGCUGUGGGGGUGAGAUAAUGGCUGGGUGUUGCAGAUUGUAUCCCAGUCAUGGAAACCCCCAAUUGUGCUUUUGUCGGUAGUGACCUGUGGUGGUCAUGCCCUGUGGGGCCUGAACUCUUGCCGGUGUUUGAAUAAAUUGGAUUGAUGCUUGAGAUAAAUAACCCUUAAGGGCCCACCCCUCCUGACAUUUACAAGAUGGACUUGAAUAACCCUUAAGGGCCCACCCCUCCUUACAUUUACAAGAUGGACUUGUCCCUCUCUGAAAUGUUCAUCUUUCAAUGAGGCUUCUGGGCCCUUGCGGCCCAAGUACAUGGACCCAGGUGCUCAGAUUUCAAUAGCGACUUGAAUCACCUCACUUCCUGUCGUGAUGGGAGAAAUUGGCACCUAUAUUCCCUGGUUGGUCUCACUAGUGGUCACUUAUAUUGAGUAAUGGGCUCCAAGUAGUGGGUUCUGAGUAACUGGUCCUAGGAUCCUAGGUGUUUGAUUACAGGAAUAAAGUUAUCUGCACUGUGUAGAGAUAAAUUAUUUUUCACAGCAAUGGAGUUAAUGACCCUGUGUAAGCUGUGUGAGAACACAUUUAGUUACAGCGAUGGAGUAACUAUCCCUGUGCUGGGAAAUUUAUUCUUCCAGAAGGUCCUGAAAUACUGCCCGAAGUGGCCAAUUGUAAAUUUUUUUUUUUUAAUUUUUUUUUGGGCAUUAGCAGUAAGCAAGGAUUACUCAUGCUCACCUUCCUGUUGCAAUAUUAGGAUAAACCAUUGAGUUGUUUCCCCUUGCAAAAAAAAAGAGAAGAAAUAAUCUUUAAAAUGUUUUCAUUCAUAGUCAUAGCAUAGCUGGGUAGAAAUGCAUUUCAAUGUUUGACAUAAACUAGAGACAAAGUUGGCUUUGUCCAAUUACAGCUUCAGAAUGUUCAAUGUUAAUAUGCUUAGUUUGUCCACAAAAUUCAGCUGGAGAUGUUGAAUGAUGAUAUUAUUAUUAUUUUUCUUAGGGACAUGAUGUUAUAAAGUGAACUUUUGACCUUAGAUGUUGAACAUCGUCAGUAGAAGCAUCAAGUCUUAAACAUUUGAUUUCAAAUAUCUCAUUCAUCGCGGUGAAUUUUUUAAAAAUUUAAAUGUUGCUGUGAGUGUCAUUGAAGGGUUACGGUUGCUGGAAUGUUUCGAGUUACUGUUCCUUGUUUUACUACGCUGUGCAUAUUAUUGGUGUACGCUGUACAUGAUACUUCAUGCAAUUUUUUUUAAUCUCAGAGAACAAAUUUUUCAGUUAAUGUUGGAAUUAUUCUUAUUUACACACACCUACCCCCCCCCCCUUUCCCAAACUCCCAAG